AUGAACCACUCUGAGGAAAACAAUGAUGUUGAUGUUGCUGCUGCCGCUGCUAGACAGAAGAAAAUUGACGAUUGGCUUCCGGUGACUGCUUCACGAAAUGCGAAAUGGUGGUAUUCAACUUUCCACAAUCUCACAGCCAUGGUUGGUGCAGGUGUUCUCACCCUUCCCUUUGCCAUGUCAAACAUGGGCUGGGGUCCUGGAGCUACCGUGCUUUUGUUGUCAUGGAUCAUCACCCUUUAUACGCUGUGGCAAAUGGUGGAGAUGCACGAAAUGGUGCCUGGGAAGAGAUUCGAUAGGUACCAUGAAUUGGGUCGGCAUGCCUUUGGAGACAAGUUGGGUCUCUGGAUUGUGAUUCCUCAACAGAUCAUUGUCGAAGUUGGAACAUGCAUCGUUUAUACAAUCACUGGGGCCAAGUCAUUGAAGAAAGUUCAUGAUACCAUUUGCCCUGAUUGCAGAGAUAUUAGAACCUCUUACUGGAUUGUUAUCUUUGCUUCUGUCAACUUCGUUCUCGCACAAUUAUGCCCCAACUUCAACUCCAUCUCUGCUAUUUCUUUCGGUGCAGCUGCCAUGUCUUUGAUGUACUCAACCAUCUCUUGGUGUGCUUCUAUAGCCAAGGGUGUUGAACCAGAUGUGAAUUAUGGUCUCCGAGCCACCAAUUCCACUGAUGCAGUGUUCAACUUUCUUUCUGCAUUGGGCGAUGUAGCAUUUGCCUACGCAGGCCACAACGUGGUUUUGGAAAUUCAAGCAACCAUGCCUUCAACCCCAGAGACACCUUCCAAGAAACCCAUGUGGAGAGGAGUUAUUUUGGCAUACAUAGGAGUUGCAUUCUGCUAUUUACCAGUUGCUUUCAUUGGAUACUAUGUCUUUGGAAACUCGGUUGAUGAUAAUAUCCUCAUCACACUAGAACGCCCUUCUUGGCUCAUUGCCACCGCUAACUUGUUUGUCUUUGCUCACGUUGUUGGAGGCUAGCAAGUGUUUGCCAUGCCGGUGUUUGAUAUGAUCGAAACCUACAUGGUUACGAAGUUGAAUUUUCCACCUUCUGCUGUUCUACGAGUAACAACUCGAAGUGUAUAUGUUGCAUUGACUACGCUGGUUGCCAUAUGUAUCCCUUUCUUUGGCUCUCUUCUUGGAUUUCUUGGAGGCUUUGCCUCUGCUCCAACUUCAUUUUUUUUGCCCUGUAUCAUAUGGCUCAAGCUCAUUAAGCCCAAGAGAUAUGGCUUGUCUUGGACAAUCAACUGGAUCUGCAUUGUUCUUGGGGUAUUGUUGAUGAUACUAUCUCCUAUUGCUGCUAUGAGAAAUAUUAUUAUGUCAGCCAAAGACUAUAAGUUUUUCUCAUGA